UUUUUCCUCCUCGUUUGUUCACUGUCUCUUUCUUUGUCCUUGUAUGUGCCAUGGCUACGCUGCAAUGUUUCAUAGAGGUUCAUCCGGAUUCACACUUCCCUAUACAGAACCUCCCUUAUGGAAUCUUCAAGCCCCAACCUACUUCAUCUCCUCGACCCGGCGUCGCCAUCGGCGACUACGUCCUCGACCUCUCCGAGAUCGCUUCUGCUGGCCUCUUCAAUGGUCCUCUCCUCAACAACUCCGAUUGCUUCCUUCAGCCUAAUCUAAAUAAGUUUGUAUCACUUGGAAGGCCAGCCUGGAAGGAAGCUCGUGCAACUCUUCAAAAGCUCUUAUCAGCGACUGAGCCAACUUUGAGGGACAACGCUGUUUUGAGGGAGAAGUCACUUGUGCCUUUGAGCCGUGUGGAAUUGCUUCUCCCUGUUGUCAUUGGGGACUAUACCGACUUCUUUUCGUCUCUGCAUCACACUAAAAAUUGUGGGUUAAUAUUUCGUGGUCCGCAAACUCCUGUUCUAGAAAAUUGGUAUCACCUGCCAGUUGCCUAUCAUGGACGUGCAUCUUCUGUUGUUAUUUCCGGAACAGAUAUUGUUCGGCCAAGAGGUCAAGCUCAUCCAACUGGCGGAUCUCCACCCUACUUCGGGCCUUCAGUGAAGCUAGACUUUGAGUUGGAAAUGGCUACUAUUGUUGGACCUGGAAAUGAAUUGGGAAAACCUGUGGAUAUUAACAACGCAGAAGAUCAUAUCUUUGGAAUUGUUCUACUGAAUGACUGGAGUGCUCGAGAUAUUCAGGCAUGGGAAUAUAUUCCUCUUGGUCCUUUUCUUGGCAAGAAUUUUGGUACAACAAUAUCCCCUUGGAUUGUGACCCUGGAAGCAUUAGAACCUUUUGCUUGUGAAGCCCCAAAACAGGAUCCUCCUCCACUUCCAUACUUGGCGGAAAAAGUAUCCAAAAAUUAUGAUAUUUCACUGGAGGUUCACAUCAAACCUGCUGAGCAUGAAGAUUCAAGUGUGGUGACAAAGAGUAAUCUAAAACACUUAUAUUGGACAUUGACUCAACAGCUUGCUCACCAUACAAUCAAUGGUUGCAACCUGAGGCCAGGCGAUCUCCUUGGAACUGGGACAGUUAGUGGUCCUGAGCCUGAGUCUCGUGGAUGCUUGCUAGAGUUAACCUGGAAUGGACAAAACACUCUGUCAGUGAAUGGGUUAAAUCGGAAAUUUCUUGAAGAUGGAGAUGAAGUCAGCUUAACUGGAUAUUGCAAGGGAAAUGGUUACACUAUUGGGUUUGGUACCUGCUCGGGUAAGAUUGUUCCCUCAGCUCCCUGAGGGCAGUAUUAUUCCAUGCUGUUUUCCAACUUAUGGUGGAAGUUGUUGAAGCUAUACAAUCAGGAAGCCCCACAAGUGAAUUUUUAAGUGUUUUUUUUAUGUAAUUUGCUCAGCGCUUGACAAAGGACAGACACUCUAAUAAAGCUGGCUUUUAUGAGGCUCAUAAUUCUCUUUUCUGGGCUGUAGUGUGUCAAACAUUGAGAUAAACUAAUAAUCAUAACGUUCA